AUGCGACAGCUCACCGAGAACGUCCAGCCACCGCAGUCGGUGUCGCACACCGACGCCCACCUCAGCACACCGCCGAACUUGGAGCCGUCCAACAAUCACACCACCCGAUCGCAUGGACCGACACGCACCCAUACCCCUGUCCCACAGGACCCAGGGUGGAUCGAUCUUCGGCUCCCAGCACCACCCCAUCUCCACCUCCCCAUCUUGCCCUCCCAUCUCCCCGGGCGCAGCUGCACAUUCGCGUCAAAAAACCCCAGACCCCAGAUGGUCAUGAUCAUACAAGUCAAAUUCGGUGGAUCGACGAUCUGCAAUCAUGUUGGAACUGCUACUUACACGCGUGUGUACGGUAGCUAA